UCUUGACUAGACAUUUCUGCAAUCAGAUACACAUUAAUUAGAUACAGGGUGCAAUAACGAAAUAAAUAAAACUAUGCAACGACUUCUUCUUGACAUGUAAUCAACAAUUUAAUACCUCACAAAGGAUUAAAGAAAGAAUGGAAUAUAAUGUUAACUUGAAACAAUUUGAAAUUGGAAAUCUGGCAGAUUAGUAGUUGCUGUUGAUUGCUGAAUAUAAUAGCCAAAUUAAAAAUUGUUUAUUACAAUGGCAAUUACCAUUUUUGGCUUAGAUCACUUCGCCAUAAGUGCUAUUGUGAUUGUGAGCAUGCAGUUGGUGUUCUUUAUAAUCAACUCCAUGCUGCACUUGGACAAGCUAUCGGACUUUGCGGGAGGCGUCAAUUUUAUUGUCGUUGCGUUGCUGACCUUUUUUCUGGGCCAAGUUGAUCGGCCAUCUAAGGCCUACGAAAGUCGUCAACUGAUGGUCACCGUUUAUGUGUGUUUGUGGGGUGCCAGGUUGACUGGAUACCUGCUGUAUCGCAUCAUUAAAUUGGGGCGAGAUAAACAAUUUGAGGAUACACGUAGCAACAUCAUACGCUAUGCUGUCUUCUGGACGUUUCAGGCUGUUUGGGUUUACGUUGUCUCGCUGCCAGUCAUAAUUAUCAACUCCCGACCACAGACUGUCAAAUGGAUGUCCACGCUAGACUCCACGGGCACAGCCAUGUUUCUGGUUGGUCUCCUGGCUGAGACUUAUGCGGACUUGCAGAAGUUCUCCUUUCGCCAGGACCCCGCGAAUCAUGGCAAAUUUUGCAACGAUGGACUUUGGAGUCUCUCACGGCAUCCCAAUUACUUUGGCGAGGUCAUUGUUUGGUGGGGCAUCUUUGUCAUAUCGGUGAACGUGAUCAGCGGCCUGGAGUGGAUAGCGAUUGCCUCGCCCAUCUUCACCACUCUCAUCAUUUUAUUUCUGUCUGGGAUUCCGUUGCGUGAGCGCAGCUCAGAUGAAAAGUACAAAAAUCAAGUGGAGUACCGCAAGUAUAAAGCGUCCACAUCGCCGCUGAUACCCAUUCCGCCGGCUGUCUAUGAGGAGGUGCCUGGUGCUCUCAAGUUUGUGCUCUGCUGCGAGUUUCCGCUCUACGAUACGAUGCGACUGCACAAGGACACGAGUCCUUACUCGCUCUCCAUUGCGCGUUCCCACUCGCACAUAUAGCAGUCAGUGGCUCACUCUAGCAGCGCUGCUGCUGGCGUGGGUCAACAACACACACAUCAACACACGCACACACAUGGCGCGAACCAAGCGCAUCAUCAGCACAAAGGACACUGCUAUGGUGCGGAUGGCGGACAUGCAGAGCAUCAUCACAAUUGUGGUGGCAGCUGUCGCAAUGUCCACGUCAAGUCCAAUCCCUAUCAAUGCGAGGCAGGAUAUGGCAACUAUGGCGUGCGACACAUUGACGAUGAGGAUACGGAUGAUGGGGUAAUUUACUUGGCUGGUCAGCAUUGCACCAAUGCCAAAACACACUAUUUCCAUGCCUUGGACGAGGAUGAGACGCCGCAACGCAAACAGCAACCGAAGUGCAGCUAUUUGGCUGAGGAGGAGCUGGCCUCCGACUACGAUGAGGAUAUUCCACCCAUAGGACUCAGCAAGGUGAACAGCGUGGAGAGUUUUGAGCGAGAGAAUCGCGUGCAAAUCGCCACUGAGCGAUCCGUGAAUGCCGAGGGAAUGCCCGUGACAGUGACUACAAUAUUGUGAUUGCCAGUUUAAGCGCUUUUCGUUUGCUUUGAGUCGAGUUUGAUCUACUGUAAUCCAUAUCCGUCUGUUUUUGUCUGUCUUCCUUCACUUUGUAGGAGAUUUUAGAACUGGAAGAAGGAAAGUUCAAAGUCCUCUACUCACGAACCGAUUUUAUUGCAGAAGCAGACAACUCUGAUACGCUCAAGUUCAUGUUGAAAGUAUGUCAGUCAGACUAUCCGUCCUUCUAUUCUGGGUAGAGGGUAUCUCCUAGUCGAGUACUCGCGACUAGCACAUCAUUUGACUUGUUAAAUCUAGGUGUAAACUUUGUUGAAUGAGAUGCUUCAGUUAUGUUUUCCAAGAGAGAAACAAGUGCCAAGCAUAAAAACCAGAAAAUCAUCGCUUAGAACUCAGCCAAGCUUUUGAUCCAAUACAUAUAAUAUAUACACAAUUAUUAUGAUAUUCGUUACCUAAAUCAAAAAUGUGCCUAUUCUACAUGUUCUUAGAAUGUUGCACUCUUUCAAAGUUAAAUUUGCCUCUUUGUUGAUUAGAAUUCUAUUAAAAUUGUUACAAAUCAAAACAAGAAAACACAAAAAAAGUUUAUUCCAACUUCUACAUAUAUUCUUAUCAAUGACAUACAUACAUAUAUCGUAAGAAGAAUACACCCCACCUACAAGAAGAAUAUCUAUGAAAAUAUAUGAAAUGAUGUAGUAACUAAAACUAUAAAAACAGAAACAUAUCCCAAGCCAACCCACGUUCGAUAUUUUUUCGACUUACAUACAAUACAUUUAGAAUAAUACGAACUCUGAAGUACAAGAAGCUUGUUGAACAGAAAAUACUUCUAAGCUGUUGUUAUUUUAUACAUGUACAACAUUAUAUUAUAAUAAUAACUAUGGAAAUAUAUUUAAAUGUAUAUAAACUAUUAAUGCUCAUCGGUGUAUGAUCCGUGUCUCGUUUGUCUCAAAUUUAAAACAAAACAAGAAAUACAGUAUUAUAACAAUUAAAAUAUUUAUAAAGCAUUGUACCUAAUUACGUAUCUAAUGAGCUCUGAUAAUAAUAAAAGCAAAU